AACACUAUUUGAAAGUUAAGGGACGGACUUUUCGCUGCAGCCUCACGGUUGCCAUGGUAAAAGCUUGUGUUAUCAUAGCUGUUUCAUAUUGAUAAUAUGAGAAUUCUCUUGCUAAUAACGUAAAAAUGACGUCUUAACGGUUACGUUAAUGUUAACUGUUCUUUUAGAUAAACGCCUUUAGGUGGUUAGAGUAAUUUAUUGACAGUCUCGCUCUAUCAGUGCUGUUUGUAAAGCUCACGCGCUUCCAGCGGCUCGUUCUCUCAUGCGCGUUCUCGCGCACAGAAUUCCUGGCUCAGGUUGCCGUUGAGCGCGCGCUCGAGAAGCCGCGGGAACGGCGCAGUCAGCUGGACGGAUUAGAAUAGAGGUGUGAACUCUUGUGCCGCUGCUGUUGUCUGUCUGUGAAGCCGAACCCACGUGACACUUAUAUGAAUAAGUGUGAAUCCGAUUUCCAAUGUCCCCUCCUGGAAGUACGAGUUAACUGCGUUGAUACAAAGCGGAUUUAGUUUAUGACAGAUGAAUUUGGGAGACGCUACGAUCAGACCUCCCGUAGGGAGGAGAAUGAAGGCCAAGGCCCCCCCUCCACCUCAACCCCCUCAGCCUGCCCCCCGCAGGAUCUUCCGUAAUGCUGUUCCUGAUGGUGGAGGAUCUUCAGGGGGAGACAGCAAGGAAAACAUGCUUCGACCCUCUGUGGAUCUCCAUAUCAGUCUGCCUUCAGGGUACCAGACCACCAUCAAUGUGGAUGGCAGAAAAGCUCUGAUGGAUUUGUUGGUGGAUCUCUGCAGUCAGUAUCAUCUGAAUCCUGCAUAUCAUAGUCUGGAGCUGUUGUCACCCGAUGCUCAGCCCGUCAUCUUUAAGCCAAAUGCCCUGCUGGGUGCCCUGGACGUCUCCUGUGCCCUGAUCAAAGAACGAGUGCUGGAGGACAGGGUGAUCCGGAAACCUCCACCCAAAGUGCCAGAGAAAACGGUACGUUUGGUGGUGAACUAUCACCGCAGUCAGAAGGCUGUUGUUCGAGUAAAUCCAUCGGUCCCACUGCAUACACUGGUCCCUGUGAUCUGUCAGAAGUGCGAGUUUGACCCGGCUCAUGUCUUGCUGUUCAAAGACAAUAUCAGUCACCAACAGCUGGACUUGAACAAGUGCCUGAGCGAGCUGGGUAUCAGGGAACUCUAUGUCCUGGAUCAAACACUAGUUCUCCAGCCUAAAAUGGCUUCAUCACCUGCCCUGAACUACUCAGCUGAAUCUCUUCACUCCAACAGUCUGAGUGGAUCAGAGAAAAAGGGUCUGCUGGGUUUCCUCAAGUUUAAUCGCAGGAAAUCAAAGACUGAAGAUCAGUCCUCUGAGGACAUGGACAGUCUUGAUGAUGAUAGUGUUGUUGACAAUGCAGACACUAACAUUAAUGGUAUGUCUGUGGCAAGCGGUCCAUGUGUGGAGACCCGUCCUAGCACUCUGGGACAGUCUCAGUCUGUGAUGAACAUCUCCAAGAUGUCCCCAAAAGUGGAAUUAAAGAAACGCAGAGCUCCAGCACCCCCAACAGCUCCCACACAGACUUUACCACUGACAUCACAGAUAAGCCUCAGCUCUCCAUCCUCGCACAACCAUCUUAAGAAGCGGAAGGCUCCAGCACCUCCACCAACACCGUCGCCUGAACCAGUUAUUUCCACUCCUGUGCCUACUGCAUUUGUGAGGGCCCCAUGUGUCCCGGUGCCAGUUGAAAGGACCCUGCUGCCAGCUCCCAGAGCCUCAACUCCAGCCGAUGAUUCUGAUUUGAGCCAUAGUAUUGAGGAUUCAGAGCCGGCCAGGUCCAUCUGUAGUAGCACCAGCAGUGAUGUAGCUGCGGGAUCCAGCAGCAGUAGUCUAGCUGAAGAACCUGUAACACAUCAGGUUCAUGUGAUAGCUGCAUACACCACAUAUACACCAGAACCUGAAACAGUUCCUGAACCUAAGCUUGGACCUGAACCUCAACUUAAACCUGAACCUGAACCUAAACCUGAAGACAAGGAAGAAGCAGCUCCUCAGACUCCAAAAGAACCUCCUCAAGAACCAGGUCCAAGUUCAGAGUAUCAAAUGGAAGAAGACCCACAGCUAGAGAUGGAGCUAAAAAUGGAAGAGAUGGAAAAUAACCGUAAUAGUGGAAUAGCCUGGCUGCAUUCAGCACAUGAUUCUCUGUCAGAGAAGAUGGCAGAGCAGGAAGUUGAAACCGCAUCUGUCGCCAGCAAUGAGAGUUUUGCAGACCAGGGCUACGCAGCAUCAGAGGGCAUGGCUGAGGAGUCCGUCCCAGUCUCUCCCAAAAAGAUGCAAUCUGUGUCACCCAUGUCUUUAAACAGUAGCUCAGCUCUGCCUGGUAACCAGUCCGAAGACUCGUCCAGUGACAGUGAUGAGGGUUGUGCAACCUGGGGCUCCAGACAAAGUAGCGGAAAUAUUCAGCGAGGGCAUCAGUCAAUCAAGAGACAAAAUGGAUAUGAAGAAGAUCCAGAGAUUGCUGCUCAGAUUCGGCUUACUCUAGCCGAUCUAGAUGCAAAUCUGGCAGAAAUUAAUCACUCAGAAGUAACAACUGUGUUUGUGGAUGAUGAAAUACCUGUGUCCAUUGUUGACAUGGACAUUCCAGUGACAACGAUUGAUGAAGUUCUUGAUGAUGACCGGUGCUGCUCGAGUGAAUGCAAGGCAGCAAUGUUACACAGCUCUCAAGACAUCACCAGCAAGUUGUGUGCACCAAGUGAAGCUAUCGAAAACAAAACCAACAAUGACUGCAGGACAGAGGAGAAACAGUCUGCCCCCGAAAGAAGGCCACCUCCAGACAUAAAGAACCAGUCACAAGAGACUACACUCACAGUUAUUGAGAAAACCAUGAAGCCAUCUCCAACCAAUGAGAAGCCAUCACAAGAUACUAAGCUUGUGGAACAGAAGCGAGACACUAUGGAAAAGAAAGCUGUCUUUAACGCUGAGACUAAGAGUAAAGCUGUAACUGAAGAAUUAAAGAGUCAGAAAGACAAAGUAUCACAGAAGUCCCAAAAUUUUGUGCGUCCUGCUGUUCAAAGCAUUCAAAAGCUUCCUGAUGAGAGGCUGGCUACGGCACCUAUGGUUCGGAGGUUAAGUACAGACACUGCUUAUGAGGAAAGGACACCUAUUACCAGAGUCCCAACAACUCAGGGUAAGAUCACCCAGAGUUCCUUCUCUCGCUUUGGAAUGAAAACCUUCACUGUCAUCCCUCCCAAACCAACUGUAUCUCAGACCAAGCCUACAGGUUCUCUAGUCAUAGGUGCCAUUAAGAUAGAUGAACAGGGCAACAUGGUUACUCAGAAACAAAUUUACACUGGCCCAAAGAAAAAUGCCAAUCCCAGCGUUGAAGGUAGUACAGAAACAUCCCCACUGGACAAAGCCAAAGCAUUCUGGAGCACUGCAGAGAAGCAAGACGAAUCAACUACGAUCAACCAGGCACCCAUAUCAAACAAUAGAGAUACUGAUGUGUUCAAACCCUUGAUUGUGUCUGAAGUCUCUAAACUUUCAGUGGAAACACCUCCUGAAGAAACACACAAAGAGGUAAUUAUAUUGGAAAGGAAGCCCAUAUCUGUAGUGGCAAGUAAGCCUUCAUUCCCAGAGCCUGCGGAAAAUCCCUCUAUGUCAGCUGAAAGGCGAGAUUUCUCUUUUCUUAUACCCUCCAGAAGAACCUCCAGCCAGUACGUAGCUUCUGCCAUUGCUAAAAACAAUAGCAUUAUCAACACUAAAGCAGAUAUCAAACAGGUGCCAUCGGAGUCAAUUGUUGGUGUUCAAAAACUUGCUACUGCUUUCAAACCCCUCGAAAAUUCAGUUCCUUCUUUUGGACACCCUAAACACCUGCAAAGUUACCUCAGUCAUGUUGCAGAAAAGCCACCAAGUUCUGAGAGUAUAAGCAGUGUUGAAAAAGGCACUCUGCUUGGGGAAGACAGAACCAAAGCUCUGGACUCACAUCCCCUAAAUAUCAAAAUCCAGCCGUCUACACAUAUGUCUGCUCACAUUAAACCCAUGGAAUCUUUCUCUGAAGAAGCCACAUCAGUCAGUAAGUUCCCAGACACCUCUGCCAGACAGACGCCAACAGACACCACACAUCCAGCACUUACAAAGAUGCCAGAGUUACACAAAUCUGAGAUUCCAUCUGAACCAAACCAGGGUAAAUUUUUUGGACCAGUUAAGAAGUUCAAGUCUGUUAUUUUUAAGCCUGUACAGAAGGAAACUUCUAUCCAUAGCUCGCUAAUGGAGGCCAUACAGUCUGGAGAUGGCAUUGAACGGCUCAGAAAGUUGUCUGACUUGUCUACGAAGAACACAGUUAGAAAGCUGUCUAAAAAUAAUGCAGACAAUGAGCAUUCAGCGCUUCUUUCAGCAUUAAGAGCUCCAAGCAACUCUGCGAGAUUAAAGAAGACCAAAUCAGGAGCAGCUAAGGAGUUGGAGCAGCUCAGAAAGCUUGAGGAAGAAAGAAAUGUCCAGAGAGAUGAUAUCUCACCUCAUCCCACUUCUUCUCCUGCUUUUGUGCCACCCCCACCUCCAGCCUUUGGUCCUCCCCCACCUCCACCUUCAGCUCCAGUCAAGCCCCCUCUAGUGCUGCCUGCUGGAAGAAACCCAGAGGUGGCCCGAGAGGCUCUUCUGGAGGCCAUUCGCUCAGGAUCUGGGGCUCAACGACUGAGGAAGGUCCCUGUCACAGAGACAAGACGGCAAGUGAAUGGAAGACUUGGAACCAUCCAGGCAACAUCACCACUUUCUUAUGGACACUAGAACCCUUUACUGGAUCACCGUUUGGGUUUACCCAUCGCCAAAUCUGGUGUUUAAGCAUUUGUGCUAAUGCUGUUGCAGAUAAUGCUAACACAAUAUUCACAUCCUUCUUUAUAGUUAUAUGCUGCUUCACAUCAGUGCCAAUACUAAUUUGCCUAGAUUCAGGCAGUUUAUGUCCUACUGACAUUCUAAUGAUGAGAUUAGAUAUGAAGUUUUUUUUGUAAAUGCUGCUUUGAGUUUUUUUUUUUCUUCCAUAUGGCUGCCUGACUUCUAUAUCUCUAUCAGUAUUAUACCUGAAUAUAUUAUGCAGGUAUUUGCUGUUGCAUCACAGUAUAGGUGGUGGGCUGCAAUUGAAUCCACCUGCCAAUCACAGCAGUCUGUUUUCUUUUUUUUUUUCUUUUUUUUUUCUUUUCUGUUUUUAAAGGAACACUAAGUGGUAAAAUGGAAAACACAGAGAUUUUUAUUUAAUUGUUAUUAUAAAGGUGUUUCUCUUAAUGUUUUGUUAUUUUCCAAAUAUAUACAUAUUGAUAAUUAGAUCACAAACUAUUUUCAUUAGAAAAGUGGAGUAGAAAAUUAUGUAUCGACAAUGAAUCCUUCUUGACACUCUUUGAAGCAUUGUGCAGAAGAUACAGAUGCUGUAUAUUUGACCAACACUGAUGCACUUUCUCAAAGACUAAUUAUUUUGAAAGCCUUAUAGAUAUGGUAUGAUUGGACAUAAUGUAAUCAAUUCCUUUUUAUCAGUCUGCUGAACUGUGAUCUAGAGCUUUCAUGGUAAUUCAGCUUUAAUUUAUUUAAUUGGGAAAAUCACACACUACUAUAAUUAGAAUAAUUUGAUUUAUAUAUUUACACAAGUUGUAAAUGUAUUUAUGUUGUUGCAAUUUAGCACUAUAGUCUGUAUGACUGUUUGCCUGUACAGUGAUAAUCUUAUUGAAUAAAUGACUUGGAUAUCA